AUGAAGCCUAUAAAUGAUCAUAAUCAUAACAACAAUGGAAGCCAUAAUAACAAUUACAACAACUGGUUGGGAUUUUCACUCUCAGCUCCCCAUAUGAAAAUGGAGGUCACUUCUUCUUCUGACCCUCAUCACCACUACAAUCAUCAGCAAGCUCAGGCCUCCUCUGCUUCAGCUCAGCUUCCUAGCAGCUUCUACAAUCUGUCCCCACUCUGCUAUGAAAAUGGUGGCUUUCAUUCUCCCCUGACUGUAAUGCCACUCAAGUCAGAUGGGUCUCUUUGCAUCAUGGAAGCUCUCACUCGCUCACAAACUGAAGGAAUGGUGCCCAACUCGUCCCCAAAGCUUGAGGACUUUCUAGGAGGAGCAAGCAUGGGGGCUCAUGACUACGGGGCCCAACAAAGAGAGGUGGCAAUGGCGCUCAGCCUAGACAGCUUGUACUACAAUGAAAACACAGAGACAGAGCAGCACUACUACUCUGGAAUCCCUUUCCAUGGAGCUUACCAAGCUCAAAUGGAGGAAGAGUCCUCUAAGCAAGCCCACAUUGUUGGCUCUGAUAGUCACCAAAUGACCCAGAACUGGGUGACUAGGCAGUACUCUGCUGCUCCUCAUACUUUCAGUCAGCAACAAAUGAGUAACAACAGCUUGGAGAAUGGUGGAGGUUCUGGGUCUGUUAAUGGUGGGAUGCAGUGUGGGGAUUUACAGUCUCUUACUUUGUCCAUGAGCCCUGGAUCUCAGUCCAGCUGUGUCACAGCUCCAAGGCAGAUUUCACCUACUGAAACAGAGUGUCUAGCCAUUGAAACCAAGAAGAGAGGUUCUGGUAAACUUAGCCAAACAAAGCAGCCAGUGCAUAGAAAGUCCAUUGACACAUUUGGGCAGAGAACUUCACAGUAUAGAGGAGUCACAAGGCAUAGAUGGACUGGUAGAUAUGAAGCUCAUCUAUGGGACAACAGUUGCAAGAAGGAGGGGCAAACCAGAAAAGGAAGGCAAGGAGGAUAUGAUAUGGAAGAGAAAGCUGCAAGGGCUUAUGAUCUUGCUGCUCUUAAGUACUGGGGAUCUUCAACCCACAUAAACUUCCCAUUGGAAGAUUACACAACACAAAUUGAAGAAAUGAAGAAUAUGAACCGGCAAGAAUACGUUGCGCAUCUGAGGAGGAAAAGCAGUGGAUUUUCAAGGGGUGCUUCGAUUUACCGUGGAGUUACAAGACAUCACCAGCAUGGGAGAUGGCAAGCUCGAAUUGGGAGGGUUGCAGGAAACAAGGACCUUUAUCUUGGUACAUUUGCCACCCAAGAGGAAGCAGCCGAAGCUUAUGACAUAGCUGCAAUUAAGUUCCGUGGGGUAAAUGCGGUCACCAACUUCGACAUUACCAGAUAUGAUGUUGAGAAAAUCAUGGCCAGCAAUACCUUGCUUGCUGGGGAAUUCGCUAGGCGUAACAAAGAGGUUGAACCUAACAAGCAAGUCAUUGAGUACAGCUCACCUGCACAGAACAAUGUGGAAGCCAGUCCACCUGAAACUAGCCAUGGGAAUAGUUCAGAUUGGAAAAUGGCUUUGUUCCAAGCUGCACAGCAACAACAAGAAACUGCUGCUACUUAUGUUCAAACACUUGAUCAAAAAUCAAUGUCUUCAGGGAAUUACAGAAGUCCUGCAACUUUCUCAAUGGCAUUGCAGGACCUCAUUCGCAUUGAAUCAGUUAACUCUAGCCAGCAAUUGAUGGAUGAAUCAGCUAAAGCCGGUGCUCAGUUUUCAAAUCCUUCGUCCUUGGUGACCAGUCUGAGCAGCUCAAGAGAAGAUAGCCCCGACAAAUCGGCACCCACAAUGCUGUUUGCAAAACCUCCAAUGGCAUCGAAGUUCAUAAGUCCAAGUACUUCUGUUGCUGUUAGCUCUUGGUUCCCAUCAGCUCAGCUGAGGCCUGCAGCUUCCAUCUCCAUGUCUCAGUUGCCUCUCUUUGCUGCCUGGAGUGACACCUAGAAAGCCUGGGGUGAACUGUCUUAAAGUUUUUGCAUGAACAUGGAGAAAAGGAUGAAAUUGGUGGGUUUUAGUGUUCAAGGGAGGGAAAAUUAGGAAAGGGGAUGUUAAUCUUUAUGUUAUUUCAAGAGUUUAGUGGAGGAAAGUAGG